CCAGUGUGUGAGUCUCAGUUGUAAUUUUAUAAACAUUUUUUGUCAUAAUUUAAGCGAAAAAAUGAAAUUUAUUAUACAAGUAACCAACGAUAGUUCGGAAGAUGAAGAUGAGGAAUUGGAUGAAGAAGAACAAUCACAAGAUGAAGGCAAUGAUAAUGAAGCUGAAGGCGAAGACGAUGAAGAGGGUGAAGAAGACGAAGAAGAUGGCGAUGAUGAAGAUGAGGGCGACGAAGUAGACGAUAAUGAAGAUUUUGUUGAUGAUAAGGAAAAUAUUGCUAAUAAUGCGGCUAAAGUGGCCACACCACGACAAUCGUUGGGUGGUGGCAAUAAGAAAAUUGUGUUGAAAAAGACGGGCUCAACUAAUUUGAAAAAGCCCGCUACCGAAAAAUUGAUUUACGAAGCCAUAAAAGAACUUAAUGAAAGGCGCGGUUCAUCGACUGAGGCUAUUAGGAAAUAUAUAAUGAAUAAAAAUCCCGCUGUCGAUGAGAAACGCUUGAAAAACCAAAUCAAACGUCAAAUCAAAAUUUGUUUGACUGAUGGUACAUUGGUGCAAAUAAAACGCUCCUUUAAAUUGACCAAUAAGCUUGAGAUGAAGCAAAAGCAACUGGAAAAGGAAAAACAAAAAGCUAAGAAGGAAAAAGAAAAGGAGAAGAAAAAACUGGCUAAAGAAAAGGUAAGUAAACCGCCAAAAACCGAAAAAACAAAAGAGGAAAAAGCUGUCACUAAAGAAAAAUCUACCGAAAAGCCCAAAAACAAAACUAAAACAACCAAAAGAGCAAAAGAGGAAACUACUGAUGCUAAAGUUAAGCCGAAAGCUAAAAAGCCCAAAUUAGAGAAAGAUGGCAAAGGCGCUCCCACGGCCGAGACAAAGACUAGCAAGGAGAAAGCUAAACCAAAAAAUAAACUAUCACGGAAAUCGAUAAAUUUGGUAGUGAGGCCAACGCCACCUCGUCCUAAAACCAUGAAAAAGUCUAAAACUACUGCUGCAACAUCUAAAAAGAAAAUUGAUUUUCCAGCUACAGAAAGUGCACCGGCUCCAACAACUACCACUGCAGUUAGGGCCACUGGUCGGGGAAGAAAGAAAUAA